UUUUUAUAAAACUCGACCCUUGAUAAAUAUGCCUCUAAGUCACAUUAUGUCACAUUAAAACAUAAUUGCUUAGUGAAUGAAAAGUAUAAGGUUUACAGGUCUAAAAACAAUUUAGAAUAAACUGUAUUUUGACAUAAUAUAUACCUUUAACAUUAAUAUUUCGAUUCAAUUAAAAGUCGAUUUUUCCAUUUACUACGUUUUAAAGGUCUAAAAGUGACACAAUGUUGAUCUAAAAUAGAUGGAGAAAUUGAGAUGAUGUUUUGCAAUGUAUACAUCACUGUACCUAAAAUUCAAUUCAAAAGUUCCUAAAGGAUAAGGAUUUUGUAUUUCUUAGUUACAAUCCCCCUUAUUUCUUUUAUUCUGAUGCAUUAAUAUAAUGUAUAGAGUAAAACAGAUUAAUUUAAAAAUGUUAUCAAGUUAUUUUAUCACGUCUACCAGAUGGGUAAAUGAGAUUACUUUACUUAGUAGUAAUUAAAACACCUGUGACCUCCAACCCCCACUAGUAGAUGCAACACCUGUAUAAUUAACCCUUUUCCUGCCACCCUCCCAUACUUGCUAUGAGCCUAUUUAGCUCUCUACUGGCAUUACUGGUGAUGUUGCUCAUAGCAACCAAUCAGAUCUUUGCUUUUGUUUUCUAACUGUUAAAAUUGAAUUGCUGUUUCCAAACAGUAUUGGAAACUGGUUUGGUUACUUCACUUUGCAGGUUUUGCUAGUUCUUUACACAUGAUGGUAUUUUCUUAUUACAUAAUUCAUGCCGGAUGCAAAAACGAGAUAGCCUUGUUGGGGUUUAUGGUGAUGUCAUAAUGGCAGUGUAGUAUAAACCUAAACUUUAUCUAGAAACCUGUCAGCCUAAGCAUCAAUAUAUGUGUUCAUUAUGAUGUCAUCUAUGUGUUCAUUAUGAUGUCAUCUUUAUGAUUGUGAUGUCAUAAUGUCAGUGUAGUUUGACCUUGUCAUCACCAGGAAACUCUCAGUCAUCAGAUUGCUUGUGAAGAGUGAAGAGUGAAGACCUAUUUCAUAUUUCACAUUUCACAUUUCAUAUAGCAAUGACAUUUUUUAAAAUUCCCAUUAUUUUUCUUAUUAUAUUUUUGAAUUGUAUAAUUUUAGUCCAGACAUGUGUAGACUGCACCAGUAAAUUUAGGAAAGCAAUAGAACGUUUCCGCAAAUACGACCUUCCUUGGAGAAUAAACGAUGCUGAAAUUGGAUUACGCUGUUCUCUUUUAAUGAUGCGGAUGGAAAGCACCUACUUCCAGCAAUAUGCAGUAAAUCAAUAUAGUGGAUUCAUAGACCCUCAGGACCUGGCUGUGAUUGUCCAGAAAGCGAUGGACAAAUUACCAGAUGUUUUGAACUUUAACGGUUCAGAUUCUGAAUUCCUUGAUAAUCUUGCCAAUUUUGGUAAGGAAAUCAUUUUGGAGAUGAAGCCAGCCUUAAAAAAAGCUCAGGACUUGGUUUGCUCACCAAGCGAAUGUGAGAACUUGAAAGAAAUGGUCGACUGCGGUCAAUGCAAAAUUGUGUUCAAGUCUUUAUGCCUAGUAGGAGAUGCAUGUGCAGUUAAUCGAGAAAAACGAGUGCUGAUGGAGACUACUGACAUUGAAGAAACUGGAAAGAAACUUAAAUUAAUAGCACUGGUCACUGCAACAGUUAUAGGAAUAAUAUUCCUUGUACUACUUAUAACAAUUGCUGUAGUUUAUUCACUGUACACAAAGAAAGAAAGAGAAACAUAUACAGUUGAAGACGUGUAAGGGCAUCUGGAAAUUGGACCAUGCAGACUGAUACCCCUACAAAAAUGAACAUUAGAGAUUAAAGAGCAGUACAAAGUUUGACACUUCAUAUACACUAAAUGUAUAUGACACUAUAAGGCUACAUAUGAAGCAAGAAGAUUAUUUCGCUUUUUGGUACUCCUGGAUUCAACCAGCAAGAACAUUUAUGAAGAAAUCCUGACUUCUUAUGCCAUCCAAUAAAAGAUAUGAUAAACUACAAGUCACUGUAAAAGACAAUUGAAUUGAGACAGUUACCCUUCCCUCCCCUCCUUUUUGAGGGCAGGAACUAUUUAUCCUAGCCUACAAAUCUUUCAAACUAUGCAUUGAACUGUCCACCCCUCCCU